AUGAUUGAACGGGCGGUGGCGAGCCUGGAGUCGGGCCACCUCCAGCGCGCCAUCCCCAAGACACGACGGGCCGCCCGCCGGUCCCGCCAACUGCACACGGGCUUCUGGCAACACGGUGCUUCGGCGCUCGAACUGUCCAGUUUCUGGCCUUUUUCGCCUGGCGAGUCGUCGUCGUCUGAGAAGGCGGCUGCCGCGCCCGUCGCAUCUGGCCUGCUCGAACCCAAACUCGUCGCCACCUCGUUCUUGCUCGACUUCCUAUACCCCAGCGAGUCGCAGUCUUUUCUGCAUCGUGUGCUGGCUCCCAGGCCCAAGUCGGACCGGCUGCGGCCGCUGCGACGAAGGCAGUACUCGGCGCAGCACAUGGCCUCGUUCCAGCGGACCGAGCCUUCUAUCCUGUGUACCACGCGGUUUGAGAGCGUCGCACAAAAGUCCUCGGAUACGGCUGCACGCUAUCAGUCCAUAGCUGCGGCGAAAGCGGAAGCGAUUGGGUCCGUACCUACCGAUAAGUCGGCCGAAUUUCUUGCAGUACAAAAAAAUACCCAGACGGCAAAACCUACAAAGUCGAAAGCACCGGCAGACACCUUUGUCGGCCAGUUUAGGUCCCGAGUUUCAAAUACCAGCCCUGUUCUUGACGAUGCUUGGAGCCGUUACCAAAAGGCUUCCCGGGAAGAGCAAGAAAUGCAGCGUCCUGGCCUGAUAAUUGCUUUUGCGAGAACAGACGAUUAUCUCGAGUGUUCUCGGGCGACUUCUCUAUUUCGAGAGCUUCCACAAGAAGAAUGGUCAGACGUGCUACUCUCUUCUGCGGUUCGGUCGCUGGCGGCGUGCGGCAAGUUUGAGUCUGCUCUCAGAAAAUUCAAGGAGGGCCUUCAACACAAUUAUGUGGGUGGCAUGCAGUACAUUGUGGCCAGCGCAUUUACCGCCCGCAAGUGGCAAGAACUAUUUCAAGUAUGGUUCGAAUACUCCAGCCUGAUUGAGGAGCACAUCGACAAAUCCAUACCAUUUGACCACCUUCAACAUGUACCAAAACUGGACACACUCUUUGCAGCAUUCGAAAAGCAUAUCAAAUAUACAGGCCUAGCCCAAAUCCGAGCGGAAAACAAGGGUAUCUACUCACGACAAAUGUUCGACAAGUUGCGGCACUUGAUGAUUCGAUCUGUACUGGCAAAGCCCUGCCUACCAAGCAGAGCCAUGGACAUUCUCUCCCGCUACGCCAAGACUGAUUACUACGAAUUAUACAUCGAGUCAGUCUUGCAAUCCGCUCAAGCUGGGAAGCAAGCCAAAUCAACAAUGAGACAUCUCAGCAAAAUAUACAACGACUACCGGCAACGACCUGAUGCCCAAUUCACCGCCGACAUUCUGCGGGGCAUGUUUAAUGUAUAUAAUCCGAACAACCCCGCUGGGUUAGCAUUGCUAUACGAGGACUGGACUAAAUUGGACGGAGGCAUGGACGAGUGGGCUUAUGAAAAUUUUCUGGCAUUUUAUGCUCGCUCGGGUGAUGUUCCUGCUGUCCGGGAUUUAUGGCAGCGAUACAUGACGGUGUUCCCAGACGCUGGAAAGAACGCCCGAGGCUUUUACAGCCUCUUGAACGCAUACGCUCAAUGCGGCGACGUUGAUGGUGCCAAAACUGAAAUCUCUAUUAUGAAGGAGUCAGGCAUUCAAACCGACGCGGUAAUCGACAACGCUUUACUCAAAUGCCACAUCAGAGCAGGCAAUUACAAGGAGGCUACAGCUUGUUUCACUGCAAUUGGGGAGCAGCAUGGCCCGAACCUCGAAGCAUUCGAACAUAUGAUGGAGUUGCACUCUGCCAAUGGCGACCUUGAGAAGACACUUGCUCUGUUUAAUCAAGCCCAAACUGCCCUACUUCGGCCAUCCGAGGGCAUGGCGACAUCGCUUGUGGUGGCAUACUUGCACAAUGGCCUGAUCCAAGAGGCGGAGCAGAUAUGUCGGGAAAUGGCACGCCGCGGCAUCACAUGCAGGGAAAUAUGGAACAGUCUGAUACAAGCCUAUGCAACCGCCGGCAAGCUGGACAAGUGCUUCCAGCUACUACCAGCGAUGCAGAAUAACAACUUGGCUUGGGACCACGAUACCUGUCAGGCUGUUCUCGUCGCCCAGGGACGCGCGAAACAAACUGCGUCUGCACACCGUCUACUACGCAGCGCUGUUGCCGAUAAUCUGCUGCCCAUCACUGCCGAUCAUUUUGCCAUUGUCAUGAACAGUGCCAUUGGCACCAAGCAGGCGCCGCUCGUUGAUAUUCUCACCACGGAGAUGGAGCGCGCUGGGAUCCAGCCCAACUUUGCCACGCAUCUGGCGCGCUUCGAAUCUGGAUUCGUCCGCGCGCCGACCGCCAACCGCACCACACGACUCGCCAAGGACCUUGUGCAAUACAUGCGCAAGCUCGUUCACAAUGCUGAUGCACCACCCGGACAACGAAAAGCCAGCCCCUACACGGCUGCCGUGCGCGACGUCACCGAGCUGAACCGCGAGCUCCGCGAUGUCGGCGAUGCGCUCAGGCUCCUUAUUGACAAGCGCGAGAUGGCGCUCGCCGAAGACUUGGUGACGCUGUACGCCAACAUGCGCCCCUUGUCGGAGCGCGGCCAGCACAUGCCCCCCGACGUCCUUGGUGUCAUCAUGGGCGCAUACCGCGCCGACGGCCGCCCCGAGCGCGUGCUGCAGCUCUGGGCCGUCAUCCUCGGCGACAUGCGCCGGCGCGCCGAGAAUCCGGCCACGAAGCGCAUCUUUCCCGCGUACGCCUACCACCUCAGCGGGCCCAUGGCGCACGUCGCCCAAGUGUACCGCGACACGGCCGGCGACGGCAGGCGCCUGUUGGCCUAUACGCAAGCCGCCCUCGACGCCGGCUUCCGAUUCACCCGCGACACGUGGAACACGCUCAUCUGCUGCCUUGCCGCCCUCGGUCAGUGGGAGCCAGCCAUGCACUGGUGCGAGACGCUGCUGAUGCCGCGCUGGCGCGGCUGGGCCGCCGCCGCCGCCCCUCACCGCCGGUUGCCGCUCGCCGCGCGCCACGAACUCACCGACGCGCGCCCAGCCGUGCUCAGCCUCCAGCGCGAGUGGCUGCGCCUGCGCACCCUCGCGGCGUGGUCCGCCGGCGUCACGGCCAAGCUGCAGCGCGUCGAGGCGCAGUAUCCCCUCCUGCACCAGGCCUUUACCACCGUCGACGUGGUGGACCUCCCCGAUACCUGGGUGGCCAGCAUCGCCGGCGCUGGCGAGAAGCGCACGAGCCUCAACAAGGCCAUUAUCCAGGACGCGCUCGGCGCCAUGCCUCUGCAGGAUCUGCUUGCGAUGCGCCUCACGCUGGGUGCGCAGCUGCAUGUGAAGAAGGAGAAGCGUGGGAGGGCGUGGGCCAAGAAAUGGGGACGUGUCUACGUUCCACCCAAGGGAAAGUGGCGGCGGUUUUAA